GCCCCAGGAAAAAUGGGAGAGAAAAUGUCGACUAAAAUUGGCCAUACUCUAGCCAAGGGCCUUGGGAUUAAGCUGGCUGCUUAUGAAGAUGCUGCCACUGACCCAGUCACACGCGGAGAGUCGGCAUUCUCUGUUGGCACCGUGGACACAUCCCCGUACCAGGAGCUGGAGCCGUCCACCGGCGAGUGGAUCCGCGAACACACUCCAUCAUUCUCUGACGUCGGCCUGUAUUUCUACAAUCUAUUUCCUUUUACGCGCUGGAUUGGUCGCUACAACACCCAAUGGCUGAUCGGAGACUUGAUUGCUGGCAUCACAGUGGGAGGCGUUGUCAUCCCGCAGGGUAUGUCUUAUGCUAAGCUCGCGAAUCUGCCCGUGGAAUUUGGUCUCUAUACCUCCUUCAUGGGGGUCCUUAUCUAUUGGUUUUUUGCUACAUCCAAGGACAUUACUAUUGGUCCUGUCGCAGUCAUGUCAACAUUAACUGGAGAAGUGAUUACGAAUGUUCAAAAACAAAUCCCAGAUGCUUCGCCUAUCAUAAUCGCGCAAGCCCUCGCGAUAAUCGCUGGCGGUAUUGUCUGUUUUCUGGGGCUUGCUCGGCUUGGAAUCCUUAUCGAUUUCAUUCCACUGCCAGCCAUUUCGUCAUUCAUGACAGGAGCGGCACUAAAUAUCGCCUCGGGACAGGUAGCAAAAUUGCUAGGAGAAACUGCCGAUUUCAGCACACACGGACCGACCUACCAGAUUAUUAUCGAUAGCCUCCGUUAUCUUCCCACUUCCCAAGUUGACGCCGCUAUGGGUCUGACAGCUUUGGCCAUGUUAUAUGCUAUCCGGUCAGCGUGCAACUACGGAGCGCGAAAGCACCCACAUCGUGCUAAGCUCUUCUUCUUUCUGUCGACACUUCGCGUCGUCUUCGUGAUUCUGUUUUACACCAUGAUCAGCGCGGCGGUGAACUUGCAUCGAAAAGAUAACCCAGCAUUCUCUGUUCUCGGCACCGUUCCUCGGGGAUUCCAAGACGCUGGUGUUCCUCAAAUGGACCCUAAGAUCAUCCGCGCUUUCGUACCCCAACUGCCGGCUGCGGUAAUUGUUCUUCUUAUAGAACAUAUUGCCAUUUCUAAGUCAUUUGGAAGGGUCAACAAUUACACUAUCAACCCUUCGCAGGAGCUUGUCGCCAUUGGGGUGUCAAACCUGCUCGGUCCCUUUCUUGGUGCAUACCCUGCAACCGGAUCCUUCUCCCGCACCGCCAUCAAGUCUAAGGCUGGUGUCCGCACGCCGUUCGCUGGAGUUAUCACGGCAAUUGUUGUGCUAUUAGCCAUCUACGCGCUCCCGCCUCUAUUCUUCUAUAUCCCGCAAGCAUCUCUCUCAGGAGUCAUUAUCCACGCUGUUGGUGACCUUAUUACCUCACCGAACACUGUAUAUCAGUUUUGGAGGGUUUCUCCAAUUGACUGCAUCAUUUUCUGGAUUGGUGUGCUUGUCACAACUUUCACUAGCAUUGAAAUUGGCAUCUAUUGCACAAUCUGCGUUUCGCUGGCAGUUUUCCUUUUCCGGACAGCUCGGGCUCACGGACACUUCCUAGGCCGAGUAUCAAUCCACUCGGUUGUUGGAGACCACCUGGUAACCAGCGAUGAGAAAUCCAUGGGCUUGCAAACCCCUCCAACUCCACCUGAUGACAAAGACUACCAGCGUUCUAUCUUCCUCCCCAUGAACCAUGUUGAUGGCUCCAAUCCAGAGGUCGAGGUGAAGCAGCCAUUCCCAGGCGUGUUCAUCUACCGAUUCACAGAGGGUUUCAACUACCCGAAUGCCAAUCACUACACGGAUUCCUUGGUCCAGACCAUCUUCCAAACUACGAGGAGGACAAACCAACAGGCCUACCUUAAACCGGGUGACCAACCGUGGAAUGAGCAAUUUCCAGUGGUCGGCGAGAAUGGAGUUGCCCGCGACGCCCACCUGCCACUUUUACAAGCUGUUAUACUGGACUUCUCGUCUGUGAAUAAUGUGGAUAUCACCUCAGUCCAGAAUUUGAUAGACGUUCGCAACCAAUUGGACCGCUGGGCAUCACCACGGACAGUGCAAUGGCACUUUGCGCAUAUCAGCAACAGGUGGACAAAGAGAGCUCUCUCUGCAGCUGGAUUUGGGUAUCCGAGCCCGACGUCGACGGACGGUUUCCAUCGUUGGAAACCAAUCUUCAGUGUGGCUGAGAUUGAGGGUAAUUCAUCGGCUGCUGCACAUGCUGAAAUUUCCACCAACCAGCGCCAAUCCAAGGUUUCAGACCUGGAGGCCAACACGAAGACCGUAGUAUCCGCUAGUGGAGUGGAGGAGUGGUCUGACGGAAGUGGUAACGGUCACGAAAGCAAGUUGUCCGACGAUAUCAGCGUCAGCAAUGUCAGGAGCCGCAAAGCUGCCAUCGUUCACGGCAUGAAUAGGCCCUUCUUCCACAGCGAUCUGACCAGCGCACUUCAAAGCGCGGUGGCGAAUAUUACUGAGGCCUCAUCCAAGGACUGA